AUGCGUUGUAUUUACGUCGUGUCUGUAACAUAUAGAAAAUUCCUCUUUUUUGCCGUUUCAAGGGUUCUUCGCCACUCAUUGGCUGUAAUGUUGACAGGAGUCACUUGGCAGUUAGGGAUCGUCAUCCUGGUCUUAAUUGAAGUGCUCAUCAACCUCGUUCUCAUGCUGAUCGAAUUCCACGUCAUUAAAGAUGAGAGUCACCUAUCAAGGCACCUUCUUCAUUUUGUUGGUCUGUCUAUCCUUGGUGUCUUCGUCUUAGAGGUUUUUCUCAAAUUCUAUGCAAUGGGAUGCGAGUAUUACUUAGAGGAGAAAAUGGAGAUAUUUGAUGGCUUUGUGGUCGUAUCAGCCUUCGUAAUUGAGGUAGUGCUAAGUGUAAUCCGCGCUAAGAAGGCAUGGAAUGGCUUGGCUUUUAUUAUCGUUCUUCGACUGUGGAGAAUUUUUAGAGUUGUCAUUAAUAUAGUUGCCUUCAAAGAAGAAUUUUACGAACUAAUUGAUGACGUAGAUGCACCGCCCAAACAAGAACACAUGGAAACAGAGGCAACGGACUCAGAAAAGAGCGAAGAGAAACAAAAACAAGCUGGGAACAACUGAGCUUGAGUAGAUCAAUAGGGAGUUUAAGGCCCCGUGCACACGUAUCCGGCCGGAUAUUUUUGAAUGCGCAACUUUUUCUUUCCGGACCCGGCUUCCGUCCAGACCUACCCGGCGAAUUCGGCAGCGAAUCCGGAUGUUUUUGAAUCUGCUCUCCCGAGCGGAAAAAAAAUAAAUCCGAUAACGUGUGGACAGUAAAUCCGGAUAUUUUCCAAUACAAUGACGUAGCAAAAUCGUGGCCAGUCUCUUACCGAACAAUAAACCAAUAUGGCGGCACAACGUGUAGGCCUGGUUUCUCUAGAGUGAAUCCGGAUACCAUCGAAUACGUGUGGACAGGCGGAUUCGAUUUGAAUGCGCUACGUGUGGACGGGGAAAUUUUUGAAUCCGGAGAGAAAAAGUUGCGGAUUUAAAGAAUAUCCGGAUACGUGGG